AUGGAUGUCAUUGAAAAACAAUGGCCUACUGAACCGGCGGAGAAUGCUACAGCAGCUGAAAAAGCUGAAUAUAGAAUUCAAUACACUAGAUUCAAUGAAGUUUGUUGUUUGAUGCUUGCGAGCAUGUCUCCUGAGCUACAGAAACAAUUCGAACUUUACACUCCAUAUGAUAUGAUCAGCGAGCUGAAAUCUUUAUAUGAGAAACAAGCCGGAGUGGAACUUUUCGACAAUGUCGUGGAACUCCAUGACAUGAAACUUGAAUCUAGAAAGCCGGUUAGCAGUCAUGUGCUCAAGAUGAAGAGCAUUUUUGACAAGAUGGAAUCAAUGGAGUAUGCUUAUCAUAAAGAUGUUAAAGUUGGCAUGAUUUUCAAAUCUCUUCCCAAUGAAUUUGAGAGUUUUGUGCAAAACUAUAACAUGCACUCUAUGAAAAAGAGUGUUAAUGAACUCCAUGCUAUGCUCAUUGAAUUUGAGAAGAAGAUUCCUAAAAAGGCCAAUGACUCUAAUGUUCUUAUGAUCAAAGGGGGUCGGAUCCAAAAAGCUAAAAGAUCGCGAAGAGCUAGAGGCAAAGCUGAUGGCAAUGGAAAGGGCAAGCAAGUUGCAAACCCUUCCCAGCCAAAGAAGACUCCUCCAGCUAAGAAAGAGCAUCCGGUCCUGAUUCGUAAGAACGAGGGAGUAAUAGGAGGUCAAAGUUUUUCCGGCGUCGUUGUUGCAUUUUCCAGCAGCCGUGAACUUCAGGGGGUUCAAAAAGAAAUAGGAAUGGGUUAA